AUGGUUGAUGCUCAGUAUUCACCGCUUAGUGCGACUUUGGUGAGAACACUUACUGACAAACUGUACGAGAAGAGGAAAGCUGCUGCUCUUGAUAUAGAAAAACAAGUGAAGGACUUACUACAAGCAAAUCAUUUGUCACAGCUGGAAAAGUUGCUCGCUGUACUUAAGGGAUUGACAACAGCGCAUAAUGCGCAUGUACGAAAGGGUGGUCUAAUCGGUCUAGCAGCUGCGGCAAUUGCAUUGGGAAAGAACACCGCUGAUUAUACUUCACAGUUGAUCGAACCAGUUUUGACUUGUUUUAGUGAUCCCGAUCCUCGAGUACGAUACUAUGCUUGUGAGUCAUUAUACAAUAUUGUGAAAAUAUGCCGUUCAUCUGCGUUGUCUCACUUCGAUGAACUUUUUGAUACUCUUUGGCGAUUAUCUGCCGAUACAGACUUAAAUGUGCGUAGCGGAGCAGAACUGUUGGACCGGCUGCUAAAGGAUAUUGUACUCGCUACGAGCUCAUUCGAAAUUUCGACUUUAAUGUCGUUGGUCCGUGAUAGGAUAUACUCUCAAAACAGCGCAAACCGAAGAUUUGUUGUUUCUUGGCUGUCAGCUUUGUUGACAGCACCAGAACUAUCUAUCUCGACAUAUCUUCCCGAAGUUCUGGACGGCUUAUUCCAAAUGUUGGGUGACAGUCAACCAGGAGUUAGAGAUGCUACAGAAACAGUUCUUGGGCAGUUUCUUGAACGAAUACACGAGCAGAAAGAUGGUGACGAAGCUGAACUAAAUGAUAUGAUCAAUGUUCUAAUAGUUCAUGCUUGUGGUGAAGGAAAUACUCUCACUCGUAUGACUGCCCUUAUUUGGUUGAACCAUUUUCUGAAAAUGCACACUGUUGGACUUUUGCAGUAUCUUUCAUCUUUUUUGACAGCUGUGCUUCCUUGUUUAAAUGAUUCACAGCUUAAAGCUAAAGAAAUUAAUACACAUUUGAUGGAAUUGUUGUCGGAGAAUGCCGAUAUUGAGUAUGAUGCUGUUAUUAAAGUACUUCUGAAGCAUAUCAAAUAUGAAUUUCGAGACACAAGAAUGGCUGUCUUGAAUUGGAUCAGUAGGAUGCACAUCACUGCACCCGCAAAAUUAUUUUCGUACAUGGAUCGUGUAUUCCCAUUGUUGCUUUCAUUGCUGUCCGACACAUGCGAUGAUGUGUUAUUGUUGGAUUUGCAGUUGCUUUCUGACAUAUGUGAAGGCAAAAACACUAGUGGUGUUGAGUUGCAAGGGCUUAAUCUCGAUGAAGAUACCUUAAAGCAGCUUUCAGGCAUAUCACCAUAUUUAGUGAAAUUUACAUCAAGCUUGUUAGCAAUGUUUCGAAGUGAUACAGCAUUGCUCAAUGAUAGAGGUGUCUUGAUCGUUAGGCAGCUGUGUGUGCUGCUUGGUCCUGGAUCCAUUUAUCGUUGUUUAUCGGUUCUUUUAUUGAAAGAUAAUGAUACGGAAUUCGUAUCUCAAAUGGUUGCUUUAUUGAAUGGGAUACUGCUCACUUCUAGUGAACUAUUCGAGUUAAGGAAACAAUUAAGAACAUUGGAAUCUGAAGCUUGUAUAAAUCUCUUCGAAUCCUUGUAUCGUACAUGGGCCUUCCAACCUAUCGCAUUGCUUGGCUUAUGUGUAUUAUCGCAAAACUACGAGCAUGCAAGCGUUCUGGCACGACACCUAUGGAAAGUCGAUAUUACGGUUGAUGUGCUUAUUGAAAUCGAUCGACUUGUACAGCUAAUCGAAAGUCCUAUUCUUUCAUAUGUACGGCUCGAUUUAUUGGAUGCCAAACACCAGCAACCUCUCACAGCCGUUCUUUCAGCUCUCUUAAUGAUAUUGCCUCAAACCGAUGCUUUCAAUACAUUACAUAAACGCAUACAGUGCAUUCCACCUGUUGUUCUUCACGAGGAAAAGAAACAGAAUCAAUUGAACGCAAAGGUGGAUUUUAAGCCACUGUUGCAACAUUUCUUGAGAAUCCUUGAACAGCAACAAGAAGUUCUUGGAAAGAAACAUCGACAAAUGCUGAGUUCAACUGAGCAGUGGAAAUGA